CUGAAUUAACACUGACACUGAACACGUGGAUAAUGGCACCCAAUGCUCUCUCCCUGGAAAUCCUAACACCCAAGGAAAAGAACAGACUCAGGAAGCCAAUUGUAGAGAAACUGCGUCGUGACCGAAUUAACAGCAGCAUUGAGCAGCUGAAACUGCUCUUGGAGAAGGAGUUCCAGAGACUCCAGCCCAACUCCAAGCUGGAGAAAGCCGACAUCCUGGAAAUGACUGUCAGCUACCUGAAAUACAGCCAAGCAUCUUCCAAAAGCCUACAGCAGGAUUAUAGUGAAGGGUAUGCCUGGUGCCUCAAAGAAGCUCUGCAAUUCUUGUCUCUUCAUUCAGCAAACACAGAAACUCAAAUGAAACUGCUCUACCAUUUCCAGAGGUCACAAGCAAUACCCAAGGACUCUGGUUCAUCUUCUGUGCCCACUUCCACCCACCAGCCCUCUGCAAAACAAGCAGCACUGAAACCCUCCUGCAACCUCUGGAGGCCUUGGUAGGCCAGGAGUACUCUUGCUGUGUUUCUGCACAUGUGCUUGUAUUCCAGAGGAGCUUGUGACUUUCUGUAGAAGUCCCCUCACUCCUCUCAUGAGUAGGGAAGAAUGUUUUCCUUUUACAGAGAAUUGUUUUGCUUGGAUGUCUGUUUCCCAUCUUCCAGAAGGACAGAAAUGUUCCCACCACAUGGAGAGAAAGUUAUUCUAAAAGAAUGUGUGACAUAAUCCUCUUGCGAGGCUGACCAAGAGUUGUUCAGAGAGGAACACUGGUUGCUCUUAACCUUGGUGAGGUUGUAUAUGUAUGUCUGUUUAGAAAGCAGUAACUUCUCAGAAGUUCGGGCUAGCAUCUUCAAAGGUGUCCAUUCAGUAGGAGCUCUUUCGUCUGACCUGCCCACUUGAGACUCCUGACUACUCUAAACUAUCCACACCUGUACUGCCAGGCUGCAGCUGUAGCCACGGGGGCCCAAGGUGUCUCAAGCAGAGCAGUCAGUCUAACUGGACACAUUUGGGAAUCUAGCUCUUCUGUGGGUGCCAUAGUGGGGUCUAUAAUAUUUGUAGAUCAUACUGAGUGUGCUUGGAAAAAGGUUAAACCGUAAUUCAAACUAUGUAGAGGAAAUUCCUCAGGAGGUCUUGCUCGCAAAAGCUGAGUGUUAUUUGUGAGGUUCAGGAUACGUAUGCCUUUUAUAAAGGCAACAGCUCAUUUUAUAUCCUUAUAGGAAAGAAAGUUACGGCCUGCGCUGUUGAUUUUACAAGUAUUUAUCAAAGUCUUUUAUGAAAGGCAGGUGUACAAAUUAUAUUUAUUUUUUUGGUAUCCCACAACUGGAGGAGAAUGUAAAUUCACUGUUGUCCUUGGAGGAUACUAUGACUGACAUGUUAUAUGUGAGCUGCACCUAUUGUAUAACUUAUGUGAGAUAUUAUCUUGAACUUCAGAAUUUGCAGGAACUUAGAACAGAACAAAAUAAAUAAAAAUAUAGUUAAUAAAUCC